AUGAAAACCCCUUUCUCUCCCGCCCCCUCCCAGACCCACCCCAAGCCUCCCCACAGAAAACAUUAG